AUCUGAAUUAUGUAAGAAACAAGUUCCAUCUUGUGAGAUCUCUUAGAUCUGUGUUCAAUGUGAAAUCUGCAAUGAGGAAACCUUAGAGAUGGAGUUUAACCUGUCUUAUCCUAUUCUAAUAAUACAGGUUAUAUCGUUCACAAAAUUUCUGACAACUCAUUCUGGACCCAAACCAGUACUUCAAAGACUAGCUGAAUGUACAUACGUACAAAAAAUAAACUUAGGUAUGCAUAUUUGAUCACCAAGGCCUUAAAAACGUCAACCUUUAUGGCCUUGGCCAUCCGGCAUAUAUAUAUUGACACCUUUAUGGCCUUGGCCAUCCAACCAUUUUUUAGAUUCAGGUGUUAUUCAUAUUUGGUAAAUUAAAUGAUUUUAAUCUACAGUAUUUUCUUAUCUGAUAUUAUUUAAUGACAUUCCAAUAUCAUUCAAUAUCAUAAAAUACAAUAUCAUGUAUUUAAGAAAUAUGUAAGUAAAAUACAAUUUUGACACCAAAAUUUAAAAUCCAUAUGAAAAUAAAACGUUUUAAUUGAUUUGGUUUUGCUGCAAUGGAUGCUUGAAUAUUGUGUUUUCUAAAUUAUUUCACUUAAAGUAUGAAGAGGGGCAGGAUAUGGAAAGACAUUUAAAUAGUAUAGAGGAUUUAGUAGAUGAGUUAACCGCUUCGGGAGAACAAAUGAGUGACAGACUCAUGGGAAUUCUCAUGUUGGGAAGUUUGCCUGAUAAUUAUAAUACAUUAAUGACUGCUCUUGAGGCAAGAGCAGAUACGGACCUCACUCUUGGAUUCGUAAAGAUUAAGAUCAUGGAAGAGUAUGAGAAGCAAUCAAGAGGAUCGCUUGGACAUACCAUGAAUAUGGAUGAAGCCAUGGCUUUGAAAACAAUGGUCCGUAAACAGAAAACUGGAUGUUACAAUUGUGGGGGUCACCAUUUAAAAAAGGAUUGUCCUGAAUUGGGCAGAGGAAAGAAAAAGAAAGAAUACAAAGUAAAAUUAACUGAAGUCCAGGAAGAGUCUGAUCCAUUGGGCAAUGAAGAAACACACGAAUGCCACUCUGCAUGUGUGAGCACACAAAAUAUGCCAUUAGAUAUGAAACAAUGUCUUGCUGUGAAGACUACAAGGGAUUGGUAUGUUGAUUCAGCAGCAACAGCUGACAUGACAAACAACAGGAACUUCUUCAGAAAAUUGAACAACAACAACAGUGAAAUCAUUCGGGUGGCUGAUGGAAGAGAAGUACCUGCAAGCGGAAUUGGGCAUGGUGAGCUAAUUUGCGAUGAAGGUAGUUCAAAUGGCAAGUUAAAAUUUGAUAAUGUGUUAUAUGUACCACAACUAAAUGGGAAUUUAUUGUCGGUCUUAAAAAUGAUGCAUAGAGGUUAUGAUGUGUAUUUCGAUAGCAAAACAAUGCAGUGCUACAUAAAACGAGAUGGCGAGACACAUGCAAAGGCUGAGCUUCGGGGAUCACUAUUUGUGUUGAGUCAACACAAUGCUUUACAAGUAUUAUCCAUACCCAAGAAACUGUGUACAUCUGUGGCACUUGAGGUGUGGCCACCAUGAUCCAUCUGUAAUGCGUUAUAUGGCUGCUGAAAGUGUCAAGGGUGUGACAAUUAAUGAGUGUGGAUGCACUGUGGGAUGCAAAAGUUGCAUGAA